CCCGCCUCCUUCCCCCGCGCCUCUCCGCAUCCUCCCCGGGCCCGCAGCCGCUCCUGCCGGGACCUCCUUCCCUGACCUCUUUCCGGCCUCCCCCCUGGAUCCCGGCCAGUAUGUCCAUCGAGAGGAUCCACGCCCGGGAGAUCCUGGAUUCCCGUGGAAAUCCCACUGUGGAAGUGGAUCUUUGCACGGCCAAAGGCCUGUUCCGGGCAGCGGUGCCCAGCGGUGCCUCCACGGGCAUCUACGAGGCUCUGGAAUUGAGAGAUAAUGACAAACAGCGGUACAUGGGGAAAGGGGUCCUGCAGGCUGUGGACCACAUCAACAGCACCAUCGCCCCAGCCCUGAUCAGCUCCGGCCUCUCCGUGGUGGAGCAGGAGAAGUUAGACAACCUCAUGCUGGAACUGGAUGGAACCGAGAACAAAUCCAAGUUCGGGGCUAACGCUAUCCUGGGGGUGUCCCUGGCCGUGUGCAAGGCUGGGGCAGCCGAGCGAGAGCUGCCUCUGUAUCGCCACAUCGCCCAGCUGGCUGGCAACGCUGACCUCAUCCUACCCGUGCCCGCCUUCAACGUGAUCAACGGGGGUUCCCACGCGGGGAACAAACUGGCCAUGCAGGAGUUUAUGAUCCUGCCCGUGGGGGCCGAGAGCUUCCGGGAGGCCAUGCGCAUCGGGGCCGAGGUCUACCACACCCUCAAGGGCGUCAUCAAGAGCAAAUACGGCCAGGACGCCAUCAACGUGGGCGACGAAGGCGGCUUCGCCCCCAACAUCCUGGAGAACAGUGAGGCCCUGGACCUGGUGAAGGAGGCCAUCGACCGGGCGGGCUACACCGAGAAGAUCGUCAUCGGCAUGGACGUCGCCGCCUCCGAGUUCUACCGCGACGGCAAGUACGACCUGGACUUCAAGUCCCCCGCCGAUCCCUCCCGCUGCAUUUCGGGGGACCAGCUGGGGGCCCUCUACCAGGGCUUCGUCCGAGACUACCCAGUGGUCUCCAUCGAGGACCCGUUUGACCAGGACGACUGGGCCGCCUGGGCCAAGCUGACGGCCACCGUGGGGAUCCAGAUCGUCGGGGAUGACCUGACGGUCACCAACCCGCGGCGCAUCGAGCGGGCGGCCGAGGAGAAGGCCUGCAACUGCCUCCUUCUCAAGGUCAACCAGAUCGGCUCGGUCAGCGAAGCCAUCCAGGCGUGUAAGUUGGCGCAGGAGAAUGGCUGGGGGGUGAUGGUGAGUCACCGCUCUGGGGAAACUGAGGAUACCUUCAUCGCAGACCUGGUGGUGGGGCUGUGCACCGGGCAGAUCAAGACUGGGGCCCCCUGCCGCUCCGAGCGACUGGCCAAGUACAACCAGCUCAUGAGGAUCGAGGAGGAGCUGGGGGAUGAAGCUCGCUUUGCGGGACACAACUUCCGCAACCCCAGCGUGCUGUGACGCCCCCGUUUGACACACAGCCGUCCCUCCCGCCUUCCCACCUCACACUGAGACCCCUCCACACACUCGAGACCCCCAUCCCCCAUACCUGAACCACCCCCGGUAUCCUCACCCCGCCCUCUUAAAGCUACUGGUUCCCUUGACCCCGUCCCAGGAAGUCACCCCCGACCCUGGGGGGGUCUGGGAUGAGUCCUACCGCUGCCGCCCUUUCCUCCCUCCUCAGAAGAUCCUGUCGUUUCCGUCUUCCCACCCUCCUCCCCUGCCCCCUUCUGCAUUGAGCUUCAGGAAAGGGCCCUGCUGGGGCUGGGCAGAAUCAUUGGAAUCAGGAGGGAAAGGGCCUGGUAUUUGGGAAAGAAAGCCUGGUCAGUGCAGGGGGCAGAGGGGACAUUCCGGGUGGGCCAAGUGAGACCAAACGCUUGGGUGAGUGGCCCUCUGUUGUGGGUAGGUGUGGUGUGUGUGUGUGUGGGUGUGUGUGUGAGAGAGAGAGAGAGAUCUGUGCACGGUCUGACCUUGUAGGGACCAACCUGCCAAGGUGUGUGUACGCGUGUUUGUGUGAUUGUGUGCGAGAUACCUGCUUUAGGGCUGUGCCUGUCUUUUGUAUUUAUUUAUUUAUCUAUUUAUUUACUUAUUUAUCUAUCUAUCGACUUGUUUAUUUGCUGGGCCUGAGCCCCAGGGGGCCGGCUGGGUCUCUCUCAGUAUGUGCCGAGUCUGGGGCCCGGGGGUGUCACGUGUCCAGACUUCACAUGGUGCCCCCGGUUGUCCGGGCAACAGGGUGGGAAGAAGAGCAGGAAGUGACCCCCCCCCCCACCUCCCACCCCCUCGCCCCGUGUCCCUUCCUGUACUUGUGGGUCCUGCCCACUACCGGCCCGACUAGGGGGUGGGGGGCCCUCUGGGCUCGCCUUUACCCUUUUCCUCCCCACCUCCGCUCUACCCUGCUCCCCCAGCCCCACCGGAGCCCCCUCCCCUCCUCAGCCCACCCCUUCUUCCCUCAUCCCCCGGCACAGCCAUUACUACCAUUAAAGUCUGGUUCACGCCCUGUGGUAUCA